AGGACUCGCUGGAUCUAAUUAAAUACACGCGGUGGCAGCAUGUAAUAUGGCUAUAUGCCACACACCGGACAACUUGGCUUUAAAAGCACGGAAGGAAAGGACUUUGGCAUCACCAUUGAACGCAGGCGUGAAGGGGUGCGGGAUGUGUGGACGACGAGCGGCUGUCUGGAGAGAAGCGGCAGCGGCGGUAGGCGCGGGGGUUCGGUCCAGGAUGGCUUGGACCAGAUUCUGGAGGGCAGCGAUCGUGUUGGUCUGCUGCUGCAUUGCGUCUUGGUUCUGGACUUGGAUAACGUUGACGGCCUCGGACAAGGUCGUCAGAUGGUUCGCUUGCUGGAGAUGGCUGGCAAUGGAGUUGGUACGGGCGUCAAUAACGGACAAGAGCUCGCGGAGAUGGUUCACAAAUGCGUCAGGAGUGGUGUUCGGGUCUUGCGCAUGGUUCUGCAGGGCACCAAGGAGAUUCGCCUGCUGCUGCUGCAGAAGCUGCUGGUGCUGGGUAAAUUCAUCUUGGGCGGACAUGACUGGAUUGGAGAGUCUGCAAUGUCAGGAACAGACUUGGAAGAGUGGGAUAUGUGUUAUGGAGGAGACAGACAGUGGACAAGGUAAGGAAGAAAUG